AGAAAGAGAAAGAGAAAUUAAGAGUAAAGAAAAUGGUGUCCGUCUCUAACAGUGGCGAAGUUUCAGGAGGGAGUACUUUUGAUCCAACAAAAGAGUUGAAGGAAUUCGAUGAAACUAAGGCUGGCGUGAAGGGACUCGUAGAUGCCGGGGUGGUGAAGGUACCCCGUAUCUUCUACAACGCCCCUGACGUCCAGCUCCAUGAACCAGAAGACUCCAUCCACAUGAGUAGUCAUUUUCCUGUCAUAGACCUGAAGGAAUGCAUGACUGACAAUAAUAAAGACUUGAGUCGUAGGAAGGAAGUGGUCGACCAAGUCCGUAAGGCGUCGGAAACAUGGGGUUUCUUCCAGGUGGUGAAUCAUGGGAUACCUGAUAUCGUAUUGGAGGAGAUGCUACAAGGCGUUCGAAGUUUCUUCGAACAAGACAUCGAGUUGAAGAAACCGCUAUUUUCCCGGGAUGUCACCAACAGGAGAGUUGUAUACAACAGCAAUAUCGCUCUCUACAACUCUCCCUCUGCCAAUUGGAGGGACUCCUUGUACUGCUUCAUGUCUCCUCCCCCUAUCAAUCUCGAUCAAUUGCCUCCAGUUUGCAGAGAUAUAAUGGUGGACUACAACAAGCAAGUGGUUAAGAUUGGGAAUGUUUUGUUUGGGUUACUGUCGGAGGCGUUAGGACUAAGACCCCACCACUUGGCAGACAUGGGUUGCGUCGACGGGAAUGCCUUUCUGAGUCACUACUACCCUGCAUGCCCCGAGCCGGAACUGACCAUGGGCACUAGCAAGCAUGCCGACAAUGAUUUCCUUACUAUCCUCCUUCAAGACCAGAUCGGUGGACUUCAAAUUCUUCACCAGAACCAAUGGGUAGAUGUUCCCCCCACCCCUAAAGCUCUUAUUGUCAACAUUGGGGAUCUUCUGCAGCUUAUAUCCAAUGAUAGGUUCAAGAGUGUUGAACAUCGAGUACUGGCCAAUAAAAAAGGCCCAAGAGUAUCACUGGCAUGCUUCUUUACUACUUAUUGUCGACCAUCAGAAAGGAUCUAUGGGCCGAUAACGGAGUUACUAUCAGACCACAAUGCCCCCAUUUAUCGAGAAACCACUGCCAAUGAAUAUACGACAUAUUCCAACGGAAAGGGACUCAAUGGGAUCUCGAAGUUGUUACAUUUCAAGCUGUGAACUUCAACUUCACAUUGGAAAUACUGAUAGCUUAUUAAUGUUACUAGGUUGGUCUUUGCCAAUUGUCAUUGCUGCUAGUUUAUGGGGGAAAGU